AUGCGGACCGGCUCUGUCUUGGAGUCGCUGGCGCUCUUCGUUGCCACCACAUCAGCCGCCAAUGUCGUCGAAAUCGGCAUCAACAGAAUACGGCCCAGCCAGGAGGGCCUCGCCAACACCCUGAGAAGCCGCGCCUCCUCGCCCAGCACCUACAUCGAGACGCUCGUCAACAACGUCACUGGUGGCGGCUACUACGCCAGCGUCAACGUCGGCACGCCGCCCCAGCCGCAGGUCCUGGUGAUCGACACGGGCAGCAGCGACGUCUGGGUCAUCGCGUCUGAUGCCGAUCUCUGCACCAGCUCUGCUCUGCAGCACAAGUACCGCGACACCUGCUCCCACACGUACGACUCGUCCAAGAGCUCGACGUACAAGCUCGUCAGCAGCGAAGGCUUCGACAUCAGCUACCUCGACGGCACGGGCUCGAGCGGCGACUACAUUGCGGACACGUUUGAGAUUGGCGGCGCCAGCAUCAAGUCCCUGCAGAUGGGCCUCGCCUCGCAGACCAUCCGCGGCACAGGCAUCAUGGGCAUCAGCUACUCGGCUAGUGAGUCGACGCUGGACACCUACCCGAACCUGAUUGACCAGUUCCAGGAGCAGGGCCUGAUCGCGACCAAGGCAUACAGUCUGUACCUCAAUGACUUCCGCUCCGACUCGGGCUCCAUUCUGUUUGGCGGCGUCGACAAGGACAAGUUUAUCGGCAACCUGACCACCAUGCCCAUCCUCCAGACCAAGUCCUCCAACGGCACGGCCGGCCACAGCGUCCUGGCCGUUGCGCUCAACUCCAUGACUGCGGACCCCGGCACGGGCAAGAACAAGAACCCCGUCAGUCUUCCCUCGGGCCAGCCGCUGCCUGCCAUCCUGGACUCCGGCACCACGCUCUCCUACCUGCCCAGCUCCGUGGCCAGCUCGCUCUUUAAUGCUAUUGGCGCCUAUACCGACGAUCUUGUGACUGGCUACACGUUCAUUGACUGCGACGGCCCGGACAGCUUGUCCUUGACGUUGCAGCUCGGCCAGGCCGCCACGAUUGAGCUGCCCAAGUCGCAGAUCGUGCUUGACGUGUUCCAGGGCAUGCAGAGCCAGAUCCCCUCCAACGUGCCAUUCUCCAACGCGUGCCUGUUUGGCUUCCAGGACAUUGGUACCGCCUCGUCCUCGUCGCUGUCGGUCAUUGCCGCCAACAACAUUGCCGCCACCUCGGGCAGCUCCUACGCGCUGCUCGGCGACACCUUCCUGCGGUCCUCCUAUGUCGUCUACGACCUGACCAACAACGAGGUUGGCCUCGCCCAGGCCAACCUCAACAGCACCUCCUCCAAUGUUGUCGAGCUGCAGGCGUCCGACGUAGGCAUCCCGACACUGACGGGCGUCACGGCCCAGCAGACCACCUCGACCUCAAGCUCGGGUGGUAGUGGCAGCGGUGGCUCCGGCGGCGGCUCCGGCACCACCAGUGGGAGCGACGGCGGUGGCACUGUCACUGUCACCGCAAGCCCCAACUCGAACGUCGCAACCGGCCUGGUUUCGGGCCCCAACUACGGUGUCUUGGCGGCGGCCGGUGCGGCCUGCCUGGCCUCGUUCCUGGGCGGUGCCAUGGUCAUGGCAUAA